GUGUUAUUGUACCCAUCAUUAUUAUCUUACACUUCCUCAAUUGCCUUAAUCUUUAAAAGGUUUUUUAGAAUUGCUAUCAGACUGCUCUGUGGUAUCAAGUGAUCAAGCAGAAAUGGGUUUCUACUGGUUUGUUAUUGCCGCUGUGAUAGCAGGAACCGUUUUUGGAGAUGAUAGCUGCCCAAGUGCUACAGAAUUAAAGCCCUGUACUUGUGAUGGGGAAGGUGUUAACUGCAUGCUUGCAACUUCAGUGGACCAAAUAAGAACCGCAUUCAAAGCCAAUUUCAAAUACGGGGGAGUUCGUUCAAUAUGGAUUCAAGGAACGCCCAUCACGAAUGUACCAGCUGAUCUCUUCAGUGGCAUAAGAAGUCAACAGUUCUACAUUGAAGUAAAUAACAUAACCUCAGUUGAUAUGGAUGCAUUUAGAUCAUCAAAUAUGUCAAUGAUCAGCUUGAGCUUCUUCGGAAACAAGCUCUCGACAUUUCCGUUUGGCAAACUGCAAGAAUAUAAAAGACUCGGCUCUCUGAAUUUGGGAAGGAAUCGAUUUACAAGCAUCCCCGACAAUGCAUUCAAAAGCAAUUCCUUAGGACGCCUCCUGCUAAGUCAGAACGGAAUUUCUCAUAUUGGAAAAAAUGCCUUUUCCGGUCUUCCCAGUUUGAACGAGCUUCAUUUGACAUAUAACCAGUUGACGACGCUUGGUCCAGAGUCCUUCUCCUGGCAGACAAAUGCCCCAUCUUUGCAGAUCUUGUUGCAAGCGAACAUGAUUUCAAGUGUAUCAAAAACAGCUUUCCAAGGAACGCAACCUUACGGAAUACAACUUGGUUACAAUAAACUUACAUCACUUCAACAAGACUCCUUCAUUGAAGUUGUGACCAAAAUCGUUAACAAAGGAGGAUAUCUAGAACUCAAUGGAAAUCCACUUACUUGCAGAGGAUGCGAUUACACCUGGCUCGUCUUGAACAAGAAUACGCUUCAAAAAACCCUACCCGGUUUCAGAUGUCCUGAUGGAACUGGAUUAAGAGAUCUUACAUACUCAAAAAUUGGAUGCAAUCCAUGAAAAUUGUAACCAUUAGAAGACUGCAAUAAAUAUGUUUUGAAAUGCUUCA